AUGCCAACUCGCAAUGAGAGCCAGCUCCUGGAAGCGGGGGACCAUUAUCAUUAUUUGAUCUCCCAGGAGCUGACAACUUGGCAAAAAGCACGCCACCUGCCUGGUCGGCCUGCUGAACAUGCCAAUACACCAAUAUCUGCCAGCCCUUGGGAGCGGGGAACAUUAUAUGAUCUCCCAGGGGCUCGCAGCAUGGCAUCUUUUGUAGGCUAUCUGCGUGUUCGGCAAGCUGACCAUGGCACCUUGCAACAACGCGCCAGCUCGUGGGAGCGGGGACCAUUAUCAUCAUUUGAUCUCCCAGGAGCUGGCAGCAUGGCACAAACCACGGCAUCUGCCUAG